AUGGUAGAGGAAACCGAAGAGGAAGCAGCCCAAAAUAUGUACUCACUGAGUCGAUUACUCGCGGGGUGGCUGCAGCUCUUGGCUCUGGGCACUGCCGGUGACAUGUUCUCAAUCACCAAAGGGUACCCAGCCAUAGUCAAGAGAAGGGAAUCGGGAGAAGAGGUCAGGUCGCAACGGUUAUCAUAUCUCAUACUCAUAAUAUCGGGAACUACAUAUCCAGCCAAGUAUCAUGAAAACAAAAUGCCCAUCCUCCCAUCUAAGGAGGGGCAGCGAGUGCAUCGCGGUAACUCGACGAUGAUGAUCUUGUGCUCUGGCCCGAGUACUAAAACCCACGUAGCCGUCUUUUCCGUCGCAUAUCAUCAUCCCGCAUAUGCCACCCCUCCCUUCCCGUCUAUUCCCCAAUCUUUUCAACUGGUAGCCGCCUUCUCUCACCGCCGCUUGUCCGUUCCCGCGCUGGCGAAAAAUGUCCGGUCUGUCUCAGGAACAGGGGUCCCUUCUCAUCGGGUUCCGCUUGGCUGCUUCAACCACUACGAGCCCGGGGCCAUGUGGUGGCCAGACCUCUCUCUGUCUCUCCCACUUCAUUGCUUAACUCGAACAAAAACAUUUGGUUCCAAUCAGACCCUGCCGAUCAGCCUCGAUCUCGGCUCCAUCGUUUGCCCAUUUUGUCUGAGCUGCAGGCUGCGAUGCCCUCCAUUUGGUACUACUGUCAUCCGCAGGGGCCGAAGACAACAGCUCAACCAGUGA